AUGGUCUCCCAACCCAUCGGCACCAAGAAGACGCCUGUCACAUCCACGGCGAAGAAGCCACCUGUGAAGGCUCCAGCAAAGAAGGUGCCAGUCAAAGCCCCGGCUGUACAGCCACCCAAAAAACCCAUCAACACGGCCAUGCAGAAGAAAUCCGCGGCGACAACCCCCAAGAAGCCAGUCUCUACUGUGGCUUCCAAGAAGCCCACGACAGCAGUCGGACAGAAGAAGCCUAUCCCGGCGCCAGCGAAGAAAGAGAUCCCAAAAUCUCAACAGCAAGGCUGGCUCAGCAAAGGCCUUAGUGCCGCACAAUCUGGAAUUGGCAGUGCUGUGGGCGCAGCUACCACUGGCAUAGGCAAUGCUGCUGGUGCCGUCGUCACAGCAGCAGGGAGUGGCGUUGCUGGGGCGGGCAGAGGCGCUGGGGCAAGCAUUGCAAAUACGUCCCGUACAUGGGGCGACAUGGUCCGCGAGUACGGUAAUUCGCUCAAAGAUAUCACUGGUGCCACAGGCAGUCGAUCGUCGACGCAUAAAAACCCUCUGGGUCUGAGCACAAGUGGAGCAGGAGGUACGGCAUCUAUGGCCAGUAGGCCCGGAGUACCUGGUCUCUCUGGAGGCUCGACCAGGAGUGGAACAGCAAGUAACCCACUGGGACUCUAGAUGGUGAUCAAUCAUUCUGAUGAACCAUAUCAAUUGUGAUUGGGUUUAGUGACUAAGUAGAAACCUUACGUUUCGGCUCUCUACGUGAGGUAUUUUGUGAUUUAACUUUGUUUUGUAGCAUGUAGCAAAUGAAAUUCAUUUCUGUAAAA